CAUUAGGGUUUAUGUUCUGAUAUUUAAAACACUUUUCGUCUUUCUUAUUAUCAACCUUCGGCCUCCGACACCUGCUAAUCGCUGCGUUUUCCAAAUCCCAAUCGAAAGGUGUAAGUGACAAUGGUGGAGAACACAAAGGGUAGGAAGGAGGAGGUUGUUACCCGAGAGUACACCAUCAACCUCCAUAAAAGAUUACAUGGCUGCACAUUUAAGAAGAAAGCUCCUAAAGCAAUUAAGGAGAUUAGGAGCUUUGCCCAGAAAGCCAUGGGCACCAAUGAUGUGAGAGUGGAUGUGAAGCUGAACAAGUAUGUCUGGAGCCAGGGGAUUCGAAGUGUACCAAGGAGGAUUCGGGUACGAAUUGAUCGCAAGAGGAACGACGAUGAGGAUGCAAAGGAAGAGCUAUACUCCCUUGUUACCAUUGUUGAAAUCCCUAAAGAGGAGCUGAAAGGUUUGGGCACCAAGGUCAUUGACGAAGAGGAUUGAUAUAGUGGAUAUAUUUAUUGGCUAUGCUAAUGUAGUUUUUACGUUUACAUUUGAUUUUGUUGAGACAUCAGGCAUAUGUAGUUUGAUAACAUCAAUUGCCUUCUGUUUUGUUUGCGUUAGAAAAGAUGAAACAGCAUCUAUGUUUUUGA